UUCUGUGAAGCAUGGGGUGCUCUUUACUGUCCUAUUGAGCAAUUCGAAGUAAAGCAUUCCUGCCAUUUCCUGCUUCGUUUGGUCUGACAUACAUGGCUAAUAUUUGGGCUUUUUCUAUUUUUUUUUGUAUUCAAACUUAAUUUUUUCGAUAUUGGUAUCUGUUUUUUGACAAGUGUCAAAAGUGUCUAGGGAGAGAGCAAGGUUGGCGUAACGUCUUUUUAUUAUCCAUAUUUUGAUGUUAUUGUUAUACGAUUUUGGGAGUGUACAUUUCACAAUAAGCAUCCAGAAAGCAGGCCUUCGGAUAGUUUGUGAUGUCCCAUUGGGACCAGGACAAUGGUGGCCCCAGUCGUGGAGGAGGCAAUGUUAGUCGAAGUCAGCAUCAAGUUUAUUUUGCCAACAAUCGAGGUCACAGUAACCGCAACCAUUAUGACUAUAGUGGUGGAGAAAGAUCAGGAAACAAUAACUCUCAGGGAAAUAAUCAUGAUGAAUCCAGACUGCCAAUAGAUAUAAGUCACACCAAUUUACAUGCAACAGCUGCAGAAUUCAAGCCAGGAGCUUCCUACUAUCCAAGGAACAAUGGCAGCAAUGGAGCCAUCAAGAAAACUUAUAAUGGGAAGGUUGAGAAUGGUAAAUUUAAAAGGUAUUACAGUAACAAUUAUGGCAAGAAGAAACAGCAUAAUGAACAUGUGGAAACUGAUUCUGAGAGGGUGGAAAUAAAUAAUGCGAAAGGAAAUCCUCAGAAGUAUAAUAAUGGAGAUAAUAGGGGAUACAGAGGGAACGGAUACAGGGGUAAUAAGAAUGGAUAUUAUAAGGAGGACUAUAGUAAGAAGAGCAAUCAAAGGAAUGAUAACUGGAGGCAGAAGGAAAAAGAUAGAGAGAGGAAGCCACCUAAGCAAAACCAGAAGAAGGUUGACGCUGGAUCGCAGCGCGAAAGAUUGGAGCACAUGGUAACACAUAGAACUUUGGAAUGUUUGGUCUGCUGUGAACGGUUAAGACAUACGGACAGAAUUUGGUCCUGCAAACAGUGUUUCCAUAUCCUACAUCUGAGUUGCGUCAUCAAAUGGGCGAAGGCAUCCAGAUUGGAAGAAGGUUGGAGAUGUCCGGCCUGUCAAAAUGUUUGCAUCGAGGUGCCGCAUGAAUACAGGUGCUAUUGUGGGAAAUUUGUGGAACCCAAACUGGAGCCUGGCGGUCUUCCGCACAGCUGUGGGGAGGUUUGCGGUCGCAAAGGGCGAGGCUGCGAACAUCGAUGCACCCUGCUGUGCCAUCCUGGUCCAUGUCCAGAUUGCAACAUUAUGAUUGGAAAACUAUGCGGAUGUGGCGCAACCAAACCUACUGUGAAAUGCAGCUCGGACCUGGAGAUCACCUGCCAAGGCAUCUGUGACAAAACGUUGAAUUGCAGUGCGCACAAAUGCACCAAGCCAUGUCAUAUCAGCGAUUGCGAGCCUUGCAAGGAUUGGGUGCGACAGGAAUGCUAUUGCGGGAAGGUUGGAAGGAAGGUCAAAUGCACUGAAAAGGUUCAGGGCGUUCACAUGUACAAGUGUGGAGAUGUUUGCGGUAAAAAAUUAGGAUGCGGCAAUCACAGCUGCGAGAGGUUGUGCCACGAGGGCGAUUGCGAGUCUUGCGAAUUAGAUCCGAGAAUCGUGAAGAGUUGUCCCUGCGGAGCGACAAUGCUGAAUGAGGAACGAAAAUCGUGCCUGGAUCCUAUCCCUUGUUGCGAUAAAAUCUGUGGAAGACCUAGGAAAUGCGGACAACCCAGCCGUCCGCAUCUGUGUCAAGACAAAUGCCACGAGGGUGAUUGCGUCACUUGCACGCUGAGUACUUUGGUGCGAUGUCGCUGCGGCCAUAUGGACAGAGAACUACCUUGCAAGGAUUUGACUACCAAAGCGGACGACGCCAGGUGCCAGAAGAAGUGUACCAAACAGAGGUUGUGCUGCAAGCACAAGUGCAACCAGUUUUGCUGCAUCGAGAUCGAACAUAUCUGUCCUCUGCCGUGCAACAGGAUUCUUUCCUGCGGACAACAUAGAUGCGAGGAAAGUUGUCAUCGCGGUAGAUGCCCUCCCUGCUGGAGAACAAGUUUCGAAGAGCAUUACUGCGAGUGCGGAUUUACCGUGCUUUAUCCUCCUGUGGCUUGCGGCACUCGUCCUCCUCCAUGCAGCCAACCUUGCUCCAGGUCCAAGGAUUGUGGGCACCCCGCCACGCAUAAUUGCCACACCGGGGCGUGUCCUCCCUGCACCGUCUUCACAUCCAAGUAUUGUCACGGUAAGCACGAGAUGCGACAGACAAUACCGUGCUACCAGAAGGAUUUCAGUUGUGGCAUGCCUUGCAACAAGGAAUUACCGUGCCGUCGUCACAAGUGUAUCCAGAUAUGCCACAGCGAUCAGUGCCCUACGCCAUGCGGUCAAAAAUGUAAAAAAUCGCGUCCCAAUUGUGAGCAUCACUGCAAUCAGCCGUGUCAUGACUCACCGUGUCCUUCAGUUCCUUGCAAGCAGAACGUAACGGUGACGUGCCAAUGCGGAUUGCGUACAGCCACGAGAAGCUGCUUGGAAGUGGCAAGCGAGUACCAGAAAAUAGCCACCUCGCAGAUGGCCUCGAAAAUGGCAGAAAUUCAACGGGGACAAUCGGUGGACAUCUCGGAUAUCGUGAACAAGCAGAAGAAGGGCGCGCAUAAGCUAUUGGACUGCAACGACGAAUGCAGAUUAGUCGAACGAAAUAGACGUAUGGCAAUCGGCCUGCAGAUCCGCAAUCCCGAUUUGAGCUCGAAGCUGACGCCGCGGUACACAGAUUUUAUGAAGGGUUGGGCGAAGAAGGAUUCUCGAUUUUGUCAGCAUAUUCACGAUAAGUUGACGGAACUGGUUCAACUGGCAAAGCAGAGUAAACAGAAGAAUAGGUCGCACUCGUUUGAGUGCAUGAAUAGGGAAAAGAGGCAGUUCGUGCACGAGUACUGCGAACACUUCGGCGUCGAUAGUGCCGCGUACGAUAAGGAACCCAACAGGAACGUAGUGGCUACUGCUUAUAAGGAGAAAUCUUGGUUGCCGAGUUGCAGUCUACUAGAGCUACUGCAAAGGGAGAGUGGUCAGCGGAAGGUUCCUGGGCCGGUUUUGAAUAAAGGCAUCACCAACAACCCAUCCGAGACUGUGUCGUUGAGAUUGCAACUAGCCCGUCCUUCCGUCGCUAGUAGCAACAACACGCCAUCCUCGCCCGCCGGCGUCUUCGUAGACUACUUCGAUAAUCCCCCAGCGUAAUGAACAAUUCCGUACAUUCAGGAUUAGUCACACGCGUGGAUUAGAAUACUUAUCGUUUCCUAAAUAUCGCAUAAUUGUGGUUUGGUCUUAAGUUUCAAAAUAAAUGUUAAUACGUUUAUUUAUUGCAAGGAAUAUAAAUAAAGCAAAUCUUAAAUCAUAAGUUUUCUUUAAGCGCAUACGUAUUUUAUUUUCGUUUACUUCAUUUUCCUGUUUCUUUUAAUAGUGUCCAAAAUUAAGAGUGUUGUUACGUGUUGAUAAAGUAUGCCAUGCAUCUGACUAAUCCUGUAUACUGUUUAUUUUCG